AUGACGAUGGAGAUUCUUCGCCGAGGAUUGAUCGACGAUCGCAAGGAGUGUCCACCAACAAUUGUCAUCACUACACCAACUGCGCGCAAUCCAAAAUGGUUCGAUAUCGUGGUACCUUCGAUGAUGGCUGAGAUUGCCAAGAGAGCUCCAAGUUUUGGCAUCGAAAUAUUGUGUGGGAUGACGAUGCUGGGGGCGAAGAGGCGAAAUAGCUUGACCGACAACGUCAACGGCUCAUCCUACGUCAAAAAAGCCGAUAUGGGAUCCUCUCUUGGAAUAUCGGGUGAUGAAACAGGUUGCAGUACCUUGGGUGGAUCUGUGACCCUGUCCGGCGGCAUUCGAUGCGGAGUAACGAGCUGGCACGGCGUCCGCGAUGCACGACUUGACAACGGUAAUAACUCAUUAUCAACUAAUAAGAUACAAACUGACCCUUGCGCAGUCGUCUCCAACACGACCAACAAGGCUCUAGGUAUUAAUAACAGUAUCCUGGCCAACAUACCUCAACCCAUGGUAUCCCCAGCGACGUUCGACCAUCACGGCUACCUCAAAUUGCUGCAAGAGCAGAUCACACUUUACCGUACUUACGCUGCUGAUGGAGAUGUGGAAUGCAAGAUGUUGCACGAAAAGAAGGAUGAAGAGUACAAGGAAUGCGAAAGCUUCGACCGACGUAUUGGCUACGUCUACGCAGGCUCAGGUCGCCGAACUAUCGAGGCCAACAAGUACGCAUCAGAUCCCAACACCGGCCCAGGGAAAGACAAGAUGAAGGCGUUGCAGCCCACGAUCGUUUUUCUACUUGACUGGGCGUUGGUUCGUAUGGACGACACAAAAACACGCGACGUUACCAACAGUCUGCCUGAUGUUUACUCUACCAAGACGAAACUUGUCCCACAGCAGCGGUGCAGGAAAUGGUCAACCUUCAAUGUCAACAAAGAAGAAGUGCAUGUUGCCAAAUACGGGCGCACGAGUGGCUGGACGGCCGGCAUCGUUAACGCUUGUAUGGUCAUCGUCAACCCUGAUGCAGACGAGGAGCUUUCGGGUGCCUAUGGCAUGGAUGCGAAGAACGUGGGAGCGUGUUUUGGUGUGGUUAGUAAUGACGAGAGGAAUGACUUCUGCGAGUUUGGUGACAAUGGCAGUGUAGUACUGCACGAAGAAUCAGGCACGCAGCUUGGACUACUCUUCGGAGUGACGAGUACUGGACAAGGAAUGUUUCUUCCUAUGGAUGUCGUAUUUGAGGAUAUUAAGAGGGUCACUGGCAAAAACGUUGUCGAACCUUCUUAUGUUGCCCCCCAGGCUGUGGGACUGGCUUUGUAG